AGAGAAAGCAAUGGGUGAAGAUAGAGAAUUGAGGUUGAAGUUAUUAUCCGUUUGAAGCAACAAUGAGAGGGUGCUGCGUAUUGCCAUUUAGUUUUCCACAUAUUGCCAUUGGUGUUUCUCAUUCUCAUUCUUUCACUAUUCACACCCCAACAUCAAAAUCAAUACUCUCCUCUAUCCAUAAUCAUCCAUUCUCUCCAACUUCACUUCAUGCUCAACAACAACAACAACCACAUCAUCAUCAAGAAGAAGACGAAGAAAGCUUUCAAAUUCUAACAUCUGUUAAAACUGAUUACAAUCAUAUCAUGAUUGUUGAUACCCCUAAAUCUACAAUGCUUCUCCUUGAUUCAUCUCAUAAUGUUCAUAGCAUUCUUUAUAAGGACAAAAAGUGGACUAAUUCCUACUGGGUAUGUAUGUAUGAUGAAUUUUCCAGCUUACCAGCCAUUGUUCCAAAAGGUCCCAUUGCUAUCUUAGGUUUGGGUGGUGGAACUGCUGCUCAUCUGAUGCUUGAAUUGUGGCCGGCAUUGCAACUCGAAGGCUGGGAGAUUGAUGACAUUUUGAUUGAUAAAGCAAGAGAUUAUUUUGGCUUAUCUGACCUGGAGAAGACAAACGAAGAUGGCGGCAUUCUAAAUGUUCAUAUUGGCGAUGCCUUCAUUCCAUCAGAUGAUUUGCACAGAAGAUAUGCAGGAAUUGUGGUUGACUUGUUCUCUGACGGAAAAGUUUUGCCUCAGCUGCAAGAGGUUAGUACUUGGUUGGAAUUACAUGAUAGAUUGAUGGCCAAUGGUCGUUUUAUGGUGAACUGCGGCGGGAUCGAUGGGGUGGAUGGAAGUACUGAUCCAAAAAAAUUAUCAAAUGACGAGGCGUGGUUAUUAAAUGCUGCAAUCAAAGCAUUAUUGAAAGCAUUUCCUGGACAACUAAGUUGGAAAAGAAUGCCAAAGGAAACGGGUCAGAAUUUUAUGGCACUUACAGGACCUUUACCUGAUCUGAAAUCUUGGUCUGCUAAUGUCCCAUCUCCUUUAAGCACAGGAGUGAUGGAUUGGAAACCUUGUGAAAUAGUUUCUGGAAUUUGAUUUUUACCACUUCUUAGUAAAUGUAGAAAUAUGUUUUGUAGGGAAAGAAGUGAAAUUAUUGAGAAUAUUUCAAACUAGUAUUCUUUUGACAUUUUCUUGGGGAUAAUUGUGUAUGUAUCUGUGACACCCAUAAUUAACACCUCAUAUAAAUAAAGCCUAAUAAAAUAG